AUGAACUCUUCGCAACAACAAGUCCGCAAGGCGCCGUUCAUAUAUCCAGAAUAUCUGUCACAGAUGACAGCCAAGAUGAAACCCAAGACGACGAGGAGUGAGUUAUCAGCAAUGAACAAUGGAUUGUUAUUUCCGUCUCAGGGUCUUGGGGAAACCACCAAUAUCGAUGAGCUGAAACAAACUCCCUCCUCAUCGACGUCGACAACCGCUGGCGAAACGACAACUAGUGUCCUGCCGCCACCAAAGACGCAAUAUCACAGGCGAGAGUCUGGCGUUACUGCAGCUUCAGACCCAUUGCCAGGCCAACCCUUAAUGUACUCUUCCACAAAUCCCAUGAAUCGAGGCAUGUUCAUGAACCAAAGAAUGCCGAACUUUAACAUGUCCAAUGCCUUUUCGGGUGGCUUCUCCAAUCUGUUUUCCAAAAAGCCCUUUCUACAGACUCCUGAAAAUACUAAUACUGAAGCCUCGUCACAGAAAGGUGGUGGUGAUGAUCAAUCCAUAUCCUCCACGAGGAGGCAACUGUUUGGCGAUUCACCCAUCAUGCUGGUACCCACCAGAGCACAAAUACCAGAAGAAGCACCGUCAUCAUCGAGACAAGGUUCCGUGACGCCAUCCAGAAAAGAAAGCCAAUCACCCAAGAAGAGCGAAAGCCCGGCCGUUUCACCCAAGAUGCAAGCGGCAGCGUCUCCACCGGCACCUCCGCCCGCGUCUCCCUUUCGCAAUUUUGGCAAAGCCUUGCGAAUGACCGCGGCUGGAACCAUUGUCAUGGGUUCCAACAGCAACAGCCACUCUCCCGAUGCUGGGAAUACUCCUCCUCUUUCUUCCAAUCAGAGUGUGGCAUCCACCAUUUCACAUUUCUCCGCCUCUUCUCAAUUGUCGCAAUCCCAACGAGGAGAUCAACCACUGCCACCGCCCCAAAUCAAAGUGAGAGACCCUCCCAAGAUCAGAGUCAAGCUGAACAAUGGCAACAAACAGCAAAAUGGCUUGUCACCGAAACGAAAAUGCGCUUCGUGCGUGUGUCGGGAUCAAAAGUUGGUGGACCAACGCAAGGAAAUUGAUCAUUUGAAGGAUGUCAUUCAAGAUUUACUGGUAAUGGGUAUGGAAUCCCGCGCCAGCAUGAAUUGGGGAGAGGACGACGAUUCGCUAGAAGACUUGCCGUUGCCGUUCAUAUUAGAAGAACAGGCGGGGCCGCACGAAGGAGACUUGAUCAAGGCGGCCGACAUGGCACUGGCGCCCAGCCGCAAAGCCUUUGCCGUGGAUCCCAACGAUCCUCUCAAGACCGAACAGGUGUCUUCUACCACGGCCGUCUUGCAAAUGAGUCAUUCGCUGCAAGUCAAACAAGCUUUCAAGAGAGGAGCACCCGCUAAAAUACCGGAAAAGAUUCGACAUUUGCGGAUACAAGUGAAUGGAAAUUGGGGGUAUUACAGCGGCCCAAAGCCAGAGGUGGACGAGCAGUUGGUGGGGUGUGUGGUACGAUUUGACAAUGGGGAUUUGUAUUUGGGAAACAUGGAGAAUUCCUGCUUUCAUGGUCCGGGGACCUAUUAUCCAAAGGGUGGAAGACCGUUCCGGGGGAACUUUGAAUGGAAUCAACUAUCCGAAUACGAGUGCUAG